AUGAUCAUCACUUCACCUGAAGCUGAGAUAGAGAAGGAGAUGGAUAUUGAGAAGAUGGACGAUGAAACUGAGUCUCCAGAGCAUAAAGAGGAGCAUGGGCUAGGGCUACAUACUGCUGGUAUAGUGAUGGAAGAAAAUGCACAUGGUGAUGAUACAGCAGAAGAAGGUGUUUGUAAGAAUGAUGACAGCAGCACUGAACAUGUGUAUUCAGCAUCUGAAAAGGAAAAGGAGGAUAAGGUUCAAGGAGGGACAGAGAAUGUGAAGAACAACAAGGCAACUAAAAGAAAUAAACUUCCUAUGAGCAAAACUAAGAAAGAUAUUGGUCUUUCUAAUUUUUUCAAACAAGUAACCGAAACAAAAACUGUUAACAAGAAGGGUAAACCAAGUUCCAGAGCGUGUGAUUUUGAAGCACAGAAGGAAAAUAAGCAAAUUCCGAUUGAAAAUAAAAACAAACAGAAAUCUGAGAAGAUUACCCCCAAAUCUGAAGUUGGAUUCUCAAGACUGAUUACUUUUCUGCAAGUAACGAGGCAGGAAUGCGGAUUGUCAUAUACGGGGAAUGCAUUGCACGCACUUUGGGUCAUUGCGAGCGAGAUGCUGAAACUAUAUUUGGAUCAGUUAAGUUUAUUAGGAAAGAGAAUCACCACUGAUUUGGUGAAUGAACUUGUAGGAGUUGUCUCUGAUGAGAAGUUAUUGGAACUUCUGGAGUUAGCAAUGUCAUCAAACACAGCUGAAACUGUGAAAAGAGCCAGAGAACUGAUGGAAUUGGGAGUUGACCCUAUGGUCCUCAUGUCUCAAAUGGCUACACUUAUUAUGGACAUUAUUGCUGGAACAUAUCAAGUAAUUGAAGCUAGUGCUGACUCAUUGUUUGAUGGUAGAAGCUUGACAGAAGCAGAAAUUGAAAGAUUAAAGCAUGCAUUAAAACUUCUUUCUGAGUCUGAAAAACAAUUAAGACUUUCAAGUGAAAGGUCAACAUGGUUCACAGCAACCCUAUUCCAGCUAGGCUCAGUCCCCUCAGCGGACCCCACUCCUUCCGGAAGCAGUAGAAGACAAAGCUCAAGCACAACCGAAGAUGAUCCAUCUGCUACUUUCCGAGAUAUAUAUUUUCAAAAACAAAGGCAAGAUUCCCAAUAUACCCCUCAAAAAUCUACCCCUAUGUACCCCCCUAAACCUAUUCGCCAAAAUUCACCUAGUCCAAAAGAUACCCUUCUAUCAAUGAGGCAACUCAUGAAUGGGGAUGCAAUUGCAGCAUCAUCUGUCCCACAUGAUGAUGAUGAUGAUGAUGUCAUAAUUGGAAAUAAUGUAUCGAAACGUAGUAAUUCAAACAUACUGGAUGAUAUUUGGGCUCAUUGCAUUGAAAAGUGUCAUUCCAAGACUCUGAGGCAACUGCUUCAUACUUAUGGGAAUCUGGUAUCGAUUUCUGAAGAUAAAGGUAAUAAUUAA